UUCUUUUAGCACACAUUUGACAUAUAUAAAUUUUGCGCGUAAAUACCACUCCCAAAAAUGAACACCCCAGACACCUCCAAAACCCCCACCUCGCCCAAAGACUCCCCUCUCAUCGAAGACAUUGACAUCUCCAACAUCAAGGUGGAGGAAGACCCCUCCGGUCCCGGAGGGGACCUCCUCGCAGAGAUGAUCGACCGGGACGACUUCAAUAUCGACGAAGACGAUAUGAAGAGUGCUCUUGACGACCAGGAGGAAGAGAAGAUUGAGACUGAAGUUAAGAGAGAAAUCAAAGAGAUUAAGGAAGAGAAGGUCGAUAUUAGUAGGUUAAGUGAAGAGAAGGGAUUAAUAGCGGAAUCUUAUGAAGAACUUCAGGAAAAAUAUAAGAAGAUUAAGAAUGAUGGAGGGAUAGAGAAUGUUGCGAGAGUUAAAUUGGAGUUGAUGAAGAAGAUGAGAGAGAAGAGAAUUCAAGAUAGAUGGGUAAAAGCUCUUGUGCAUUUUGGAGUCAAUCCUGAAUUUCUUUCUCAAAAGGAAAGAUUGAUGAAAAUCUAUCCAUUCAGUGAUUUCAACUUCAUUAAAGCUAAAAGAGGUGAGUUCCAGAGAUCUAAGAUGAAACAACUUGUACUGGAACUACUGAAAUUUGAGAUUAUCAAUGAUACUUACAAUGUUGAGUGAAAGGACAUAACUGGUGAGAGAAUGCAAGGAACUUUCCAUAUGAACUGUAAAGACAAGAUCACAAAAACUCUUAAAAAGGGCAGUGUCGUUGUACUCAAAAAUGUAUCGGUUUUUACCAUAAAUGGAAUCUCCUACUACUUCAUCGUAAUAGAUCAGUGCAUUGACAAGAUAUACUAAGCUUGUGGUCGGCUUCCAAGACUGU